CUUUUUCUGACAUUUCGACCGUUCCGCGAGUUGUUCGGGUUGGUGAAUUUUUGCGUGCGGUUUUUAAUUUCACGAAAAUUUCGUGCCUAAUCGUGCGAGACAGCUAGGCCGGCUUCCAGCGGAACUUUACGCACCGAGUUCGUUUAACCUGCGAUUGCUGCCCGUUCCCACCCCGGACUGACCACCGGCUGCCGCCGCCACUCGAAACAUGCAAAACGUGGAGCUCGUCGUCGAGCGAAGGCUCCGGCCAAUUUUUGAAUCGAUCGAAAUCGGCAACUACAAGAAAGCGCUGCAGGACGUCGAGAAGGUGCUCAAGAAGAACCCCACCAUCCAGUGCGGCCGGGCGCUCAAGGCAUGGGCGUACAUCCGGCUGGGCCGCGACGAGGAAAGCGCCACCCUCAUCAAAGCCCUGGAAGCGGAAACGCCCUCCGAGUCGACGACGCUGCACGUGAUGACGCUGUGCUACAAGGAGACGGACCAGCUGGACAAGAUCUGCGCGCUGUUCACGAACGCCUCGAAGCUGCACCCGGGCAACGAGGAGCUUCUGUCGCAGCUGUUUAUCGCCCACAUGCGCGUCAACGACUUCAAGGCGCAGCAAACGGUGGCGCUGCAGCUGUACAAGCUGAAACCGCGCAAUCCGUUCUACUUUUGGGCGGUUAUGAGCGUGGUGCUGCAGGCGCUGCGGGGACCCGACCGGAACGACCAGCAAAAGAGCAAGUUGCUGCUUUCGCUGGCCCAACGCAUGGUGGACAAGCUGAUCGCGGAGAACAAGCUCGAGGCGUCGCAGGAGGUGCAGCUGUACCUGCAGAUCUUGCAGUACCAGGAAAAGUACCAGGAGAUGCUGGAGUUUUUGGAGGGUUCGGUGUGCCAGAAGCUGUACCCGGGCGCGCCGCACUCGAUCAAGAUUGACCUGCUGAAGCGACUCAACAAGUGGGGCGAUCUGAACAAGCUGAUGAAGACGCUGCUGGAGGCGGACCCGGACCGGUGGGACUACUACCAGGACUACAUCCAGUCGACGUUCGAACUCAUCAAGAGCCAGGAGAAGCCACCGGAAACGGACCACACCGUCGACAUGUGCCACGAGUUUAUCUGCGGGAUCAUGGAAUCGCAGCCGCGCAAGCACCGCGGGCCCUACCUGGCCCGGCUCGAGCUGAACCGGCUGAUGGUGGAGAACCGGUACGACCGGGAGCAGCUGUUUGGCGAGCUAACGGACCUGCUGCUCGACUACUUCCGCAUGUUUGGCGACAAGACGUGCUGCGCCAACGACCUGAAGCUGUUCCUGGAGUACGUGGAACCGGCCAAGCGGCCCGGCUUCGCGGCCAAACUCAUGCAGGAGUGCCGCAUCAACCCGGUGACGCUGCCGAGCAAUAAGGAGCACAUGCAACGCCACAUCUGCUCGCUGCAGAUUGCGCGCUUUUGUGGGGCGCACGCGGCACUGACGGAGGAACAUUUGACGGCGCUGUAUACGGCGCUCACGCUGCACUACGAGCACGGGUUCAGUGCGUUUGGGCAGGGACUGCUGCCGACGGAUAUGGGCCCGUCGGAUCCGUACGCGCUGCUGGCGGUGCACAUCAUGUACGACCGCGCGUGGCACCUGCAGCGCUCGGAACCCCUGGUGGAGGCACUCUGCCUGCUGCACCAUCUGCUCUCGAACAGCAUCAACAACUUUCACGCCAAGCUGCUCGCACUGCAGGCCUUCCACCGGUUAGGUCUGCUCGAUGCCGCCCACAAAAUGUACGAAUCGCUCGACAUCAAACACAUCCAGCUGGACUCGCUCGGCUACCUGCACUGUGCGCAACUCUGCAGCGGCGGACUGCCGGGACCGACGAAGCAUUUGUUCGACCAGACGUUGAACUUUUUCAUCAACGACCACCAGAACAGCGUGGAGUUCCUCAAGACGUCGUACAACUUUGGUUCCUUCUCGAAGCUGAUUGAGUUUUUGGACUUUCGGGAUCGACUGUCGAACAGCUUGCACUUUACGCUGAUCUCGGUCGAGGCGCUGCUGCUGGAGAUGGUCUGCUUCAGCGGAACGCUGGCCCAGAAUCUCUCCGCGUACCGGCUGAUGCGGAUAAAGCCCCACGAGGACCGGAUCAAGUGGGACGAGCUGAGCGACAACCGCGACUUGACCAUCUUCGUCACCUGGGAUCCGGUGGUGGACUACACGAAGGUACUGCCCCCGGGCGAAACGAACGGCGAGACCCUAGCCGUGGCGCUGGAACCGAAGACGGUCGAGCAGCAGCGGGAAGAGUUCCGCCAGGAGAGCUACAGCCAAGAGUUUGAGCUGCUCGAACUGCGCUCGGGACUGCUGCGACUCACAAGUUCCUUCAUCGAACUGUUCACCAAGGGCACCGACGAGGACUACACGACGGCCGUGGACAUGCGACGCCACUGGGAGGACCUGUUUGUGAGGAUCCGCGCCAAGGGACGGCAGCCGAUGAGUGCGAAAUUUCUAGUCAAUUUGCUACCGUCGCGGUUGCAUUUAAUACUACGGAUGCCAUACGAGAGCACGCUCCGGACGGUGGCGGACUUUUUGCUGGCGCUGUGGAAGGGGGAGAAGCACGACGCCAUUAGGAGCGGCGCCGAAGCGUGCGUGAAGGGUGUGAACGAGCUGUUUGCGCUGCUGGCGGACAGCAUCGGGCAGUACAACAAGAGCGGAGAUUUGCUGUGGAACCGGAAGCAGGUGCACGAAACGGUCAAUGCGUGCCUUGAGAUCGCCUGCCUGGUGCUGUUUGUGUUCACCGUGUGCUUCGACAAGUUCUCGCAAGCGCCAACCCCGUCUCAGCCGGCGCGCAAACCCAAAAAGAAGGUCGACCCGUCCGGCGACCAAAACAACCACGAAGCCCCGAUCGUCCUGAUGACGGACAAGGCACGCCUGCAGCUGGUCUCCGACGUUCUUCGCGCGCUCAAAACGGGCUUCGUCGAGAGCGAGGCGGUUCUCUCUUCAUGGGAACUUCCCCUGUUGUCGGACUCGCUGGCGGCCGCUCUGGAGCAGAUGUCGCUGGGGAGCAAGAGCGAAUCUGCCGCGCGGAUGAACCUGAUGGACAGCCACCAGUUGGAGAUUGCCGAGCUGAAGAAGCUGCUGAAGGACAAGCUGAAACUGAUAAACAAAUCGAUUUAGAGAGUUGUUAAAGCUAGGAACCUUGACUGAGUGUAACCAGUAAGAGACACCGCCCCUCAUCUCCGUUUGAAGCCUGCGCCAGAACGUUUGCACCACACGCACACACCGGACACGUCCUUAAGCCAGUUUCCUCUCAACCAUUAAAAAAAAUUGCGCUCGAGAAUUGAGGCAGCAGCAGCAGCGAACGUCAAAGUUUGAGGCGUUUGCCUGCGCCUGCGCCAACAUUUGUAAUUGUCUAUUUAUCAUUAUUAUUACGACUUUAUUUUGUUUGCGAAACCCCAAUUCGGCUGGUGCGAGGCAGGAUUGUUAAAGAAAAAAUCGUGUUAAAAAUGCAUCAAAUUGUGAACAGUUUUCAUUUUUUUUAAAGAUAAAACAAAAUAACAGCCUCUCGUCGUCAAUGUGAGCAAGCAGCAAUCAAAACGUAGACAGUCACACACAAACCGUUAAAUGAAAUUACAAAGUUACGCUAAGAGGACAGUGCAGUGCGUUUUUUUUUUCUUCUUGAGUUCCCAGUGAAUGUUCAUUAAA